AUGGGCUUCACCAAUGAUCAGAUUAAGAUGAAAGCCGAUUACGCUGACACAGGAAUAACGGAUGUAUGGAAUUAUCGUACCCACCAUUUACAGAAAGGGUGUUACCAAACUCAGCAGAAGGAUCAUUACAAAAUUAAAUAUCAGCAAGGUCAAGCGAUUUUCUUUCAAUCAAUGAAUCUUAACAUAAGCGUUUGUAAAGUUGCAAAAGCAGGAAGCACAUUUUGGGCCAUUGUAUUUUUGAUUGUCGACAGGGGUUUACCAGCCAAUGAAGCGUUUGGAAUCCCCAGGAGUAAGAUACAUAGCAUCAGUAGCGGACUUACUAAAACGUUACCGCCCCAUCCCCAGCCUCUCGGGACAAAGGGGGUCGUUAUUUCUCGCGAUCCUUAUUCAAGAUUAUAUUCUGCUUUCAUAGACAAAUUCUAUUUGUUGCGAUUUCCACAAAAUGCUAAAACUCUCGCCCAAUCAUUAGGUAAAGGAUUUUAUAUAACCAAAGCAGGGAAAUGUGGAUACGACAUAUCUUUUCGAGAUUUUUUGGACAGUGAAACUACAAAAGCUCUGCAAGGAGGCCAUAUUAACCGUCACUGGUGUCCUGUUUACACUUUGUGUAGAGUGUGUGACGUGGAAUACCAGUAUGUGAUACAACAAGAGACACUGACCAGGGAUACAGAGUAUAUCAUUAAUCAGUUGAACAUCAGAAACGAUAUAAAGGCAACGCUUACGAAAAUGUUUCAUGGAUCUGGCACUAAUAAGACAAUGGAGGGCGUUAUAGAAACUAUGUGGGGUGCCCACGACAGUAAAAUGAUGCGAGUUUGCUGUACUAAAAAACUGGCCUACUUCAUGAAAAUAUGGGAGGGAUUCAAAAUACAAGGUUAUAUUAGAUCCAACAUAUCCUUUCCGUUAUCGGCAUUUCAGACUGAAAACAGUGUUAACGCUAAAGGAAUCACUAAGGCGGUUUUAAUAGCAAUGAAUACUCAUCCUUUAUCAAGCACAGAACGAAAAACACAACGUAGACGAGCUUUGGUGAAGGCGUAUGCAGACAUGCCCAAACGUAUCAUAGCACAGAUUCAAGAAAUGUACAAGAUGGACUUUUAUCUGUUUGGUUAUGAUGUUAAUCCACCGACAUGA